AGAAAGAUUUCAACGAUUCUUCUACUCCGACGAAGAACAAAUCUCUUCUCCUCCAUAAAAUUUCCGUAGCCUGCGAAACGUCUUCCUGAAAUCAAAGCUUUGGUGGAGGCAUCAAAGAUUUCUCUCCUUCUUCGACGUCUCUUUGGAUUCUCCACCGGCAUCUCCGCGGCUUGCAUGUAUCCUCUGGACUCUUCACGGCGAAUCCUCUCCACUUCGAUUCCUCUCCUCCUUGGUUCCCUCAAAGCCUCGGUGGAUGCAUCGGAGGAUGAGGAUCUCCGAGACGAAUUCUAUGUCUUCGUUCUCUCCGUCGGCGAUUGUUCGUCAAUUUAUCUGGAUUCUUCGUCGGUGAUUUAUCUGGAUUCUCGUUGCGUAUUGUUUCAGACAGAGGCGUCAAUGUCCUCGCAACAUCUGCUUGGCGGAAUGAAGGAUCAAUUGAAGCUUAACUGUCGGCGAAGGUAAGCAAAGCGUCAAGUUGAAAUUGUUUUGAUUUUUGUAUUUAGAUUCUAUGUUUGGGAUGAAAUGGUUUAAUAAAAAGGUGUAGAUUUAUCGGGUUUAGGUUGUGAUUGGAUAUCUAUGCCGAUUUAGUCUGGGAUGAUAUGGUCUUCGACUUUGGCUUUGAUAUCGCCUCAAUGUGGAAUUUUGUUUUUGCUUUGUCUGUUCUUGUAUUGAGUUGUAAUUCGACAAGAUAGACAAGAGGAGAAUUCAUGCUCGACAUAAAAGUCCAUUGGUGUUUCAGUUAAUCUCACGAUUACAUUUGGAUCAGUUUUGGUUUGUUUAAGUUUGUCUUCCAUCUUUGUAUCAGUUUGCAUAUGUUUAAGUUUGUUUAUAGUUUGACACGUUCAUUAACUCUGCUUGUUUUGUUUAAGAAAUAAGUUCUGAGCAUUGGUACUUUAUGGUUCCGGUUGUAAGCUAACCUGAACGUUGGUAUUAGUUUGUCAAGUUCUUUAUAUUUGUUUGUUUUCUUUAUAGUUGAACUUCAUUAACUGUGAUUGUCUUAUCCAUGUCUUGUUUGUGUAGUUGUAGUUCAUUAACUGUUGUUUGUAUAGGUUCUGUUUGCUAACUCUUAUUUAUUGUCGCCUUUGUUCUAUGCACGACGAGUGAAUGUUGCGGAAUGACAGGAAGAAGAGAGAAGAAGCACAUCUGCAUAAAGCUAUCCAUCUUCACUAUCCUGAAAAGGUAAGGUACAAUCACUUACUAGGUAGUUGUAUUAAAUGGGUUUAGGUAGUGUUAGAUAAUAAAUGGAAUAAGGGAUUAGUUAAUGUAGAAGGUAGAUAUCUGUCUAGUCAAGUGUAAACCCUUGUGAUGAAUGCUUCUUGUAUAUGGUUGUGUUUAAGGUAGGCGUAGAAUGAUGAAUGCUUCUUGUUUGUGGUUCUUCAUGCUUUUAUAAAUUCUUCUCUUUUUCGCAUUUCUUUCAUCUUAGUCAAAUUGUCUUCAAAGCUCACAACCUGUUCUCUCUUUCUAUUCUCUCUUUCUGUUCUCUCGUUCUCAUCACUUUCUAUUCAUCUUAGUCAAAUUUUUUUCAAAGCUCACAACCUGUUCUCUCUUUCUAUUCUAUCUUUCUGUUCUCUCGUUGUUAACACUUUCUAUUCAACCAUUAUGUCUUCUCGCUUCCCAUUUAACAACCCCUCAAACUUUGUUGAUCUUUUACAAAGUCAACAAGAGAGUGUAAACCCUUACCCAAAUCUAAACCCUUCAUUCGAAAACCAUGCCUUUGGUACCCAAGCUUCCAUCGAUGAAGUAGAAGAGGUUGGAGUGACGAGCAAGGUGAUAAGACGACCUUGGAGCCCUGCGGAAGAUACCCUUCUCAUCAGCGCGUGGUUAAACACCUCGAAGGACCCGGUUGUAGCAAAUGAACAGAAAAAUGGAACUUUCUGGAGUCGCAUAGCUUUGUAUUUCGCAGCGAGUCAAAACGGAGGAGAAGUCCGAGAGGCAGGACAAUGCAAACAAAGAUGGCACAAGAUUAAUGACAUUCUGUGGGGCUUAUGAGGCUGCAACAAGAGAAAAAACUAGCGGUCAAAACGAGAAUGACAUUCUCAAAAAUGCUCAUGCUAUUUUCUUCAAUAUCCAUAAGAAAAAAUUCAGUAUGGAACACGCUUGGAAGGAGCUGAAGAACGAUCAGAAAUGGUGUGAUUUGUCAGCCAUUAAAACCAAUGCAAGCUGUAAAAGGAGGAGACCCGAUGAUGGAAAUACAGAGGGGAAUGAAGAUGGAAACAAGAAUGGUGCAGCUAAUCAGGGAACGGUCAGACCUCCUGGUGUUAAAGCCACAAAGGCUAAAGGCAAAAAGGUCGACGUGGUUGAGGCUGUUAAUGUGUUCAGCAACAUGUGGGGUAUGAAAAGAGAAGAACUGGUUUUGAAAAAAGAAACCCAAAAGAUGGCUCUUCUUGAUUCCCUUAUUGCGAAGGGACCCCUUUGUGAAGAAGAAGAAGCUCUGAAGAUGCAGCUAAUCUCCGAAAUGAUGCAGAAUCAGUGACUUGGAACUUGUUACAUGGUCAUGUUUGUAACCGUUAUGUGUCUGUUAGGUGUCUGUUAUUUGUAUGAUUUUCAAAAUCAUGUUUGUGUCUGUUAUGUUUCAGUUUUAGAAUUGUCUGUUAUGUGUUAGAUGUGUUUGUUAUGUGUAAUGUUCUAAUGUUUUUUGGAGAUGGUUUAGAAGUAACCGUUAUGUGUAAUGUUCUAAUGUUGUAAUGUUUUAGUAUUUCUUCUAAUGUUGU